UCAGGAUAACAACACACUGCGGAGGCCCUUUAAAUCACUCUACCGACGAGUCGGCGACCGUGCGCGUCGGAGUGUUCUGCUUUCUCUUUUUUUUUUAUUGUUAUUGUUAUUACUUAAGAGGACUCUUUUCACCGGGGAUACUUGAAGAGCGGCUCGGAAGUCAGUUUUGAUGCCGGUUUUCGGGAAACUGUGUGCGACUUGGCGGUCGUGACGGGACUUUAACGGGCGCGGUGCGGCGGAGUUGGCGCACUGCUGGAUUGGAUUUAUCAUUCGCUCGCAGCCAAGACAGUCCGCAGUAGCCCGAGCCCUCCUCUCACUCCUCUUUUCUACUCACCCUCGCCGGCUGAAUAGGGAUCGUCUACUUCGGCUUUUUGCAAUUUGAAUAUGUUGUUGUCAAAGUUUGGUUCUUUUUCGCAUAUUUGCAAUCCCUCAAGUAUGGACCAUCUACCAGUGAAAAUACAGCUCCAGCCGGUGAAAGUGGAGAAGGAGCCCUUUGAGAAGGUGUACCAGGUGGGCUCGGUGCUGGGCAGCGGAGGAUUCGGGACGGUGUACGCCGGCAGUCGCAUCUCUGAUGGCGCACCGGUUGCUGUGAAACAUGUCGCAAAAGAGCGGGUGACCGAGUGGGGCACAAUUAAUGGAUCCAUGGUGCCUUUGGAGAUCCUGCUGCUGAAGAAGGUCAGCUCGUCUUUUCGCGGAGUUAUCAAAUUGCUGGACUAUUACGAGCGCGCGGACGGCUGGCUGAUCGUUAUGGAGAGGCCGGAGCUCGUCAAGGACCUGUUCGACUUCAUCACCGAGAAGGGCGCCCUGGACGAGGACACGGCCCGGGGCUUUUUCCGCCAGGUUUUGGAGGCGGUCAGACACUGCUACAGCUGCGGCGUAGUACACAGAGACAUCAAAGAUGAGAACCUGCUUGUGGAUCUACGCACCGGGGAGCUCAAGCUUAUUGACUUUGGCUCAGGGGCGAUUCUCAAGGACACAGUCUACACUGAUUUCGAUGGUACAAGAGUGUACAGCCCACCGGAGUGGAUCCGCUUCCAUAGAUACCACGGCCGCUCCGCAACGGUGUGGUCACUAGGCGUGCUGCUGUACGACAUGGUGUGUGGAGACAUCCCCUUCGAGCAGGACGAGGAGAUCCUCAGAGGGAGACUGUAUUUCAGGAGGAGGAUCUCAGCUGAGUGCCAGCAGCUGAUCAAAUGGUGCCUGGCCCUGCGGCCCUCUGACCGACCCACCCUCGAGCAGAUCUGCGACCACCCCUGGAUGAGGGCGACCGCAGAGUCACCCAAGUCACCAGAGGAGCCUGUGGCUGGUGACAUCCGCCUCAGGACCAUCGACACAGACUCUUCGUCAAGCACAAGCUCGAGCAAGGAGAGCCUCUGAGCGCGGCUCCGAUGGACACGAAAGACUUUCUGGGGAAAGACGGGGCGGGGAUGGAGGGAGUCACAUGGACUUUAUGGACUUAGCUGGCCCAGCAAGAAAAAUGUACUUUAAUUUUCCUCUUUUGUAGGGAAUUUCUAAUUUAUUACUCUUUGUUCUUCUUUCUCUUACCCCCCCCCAUCCCUCUUUUCCUUUUCAGUUUGAUUAUACUCGUUUCCUAAUGGGGAACAUUUUGCUGUUUGGGCGGUCUUACCAGCACUAUUUAUUCCCCCCCUCCCCCUUUAAAACUUUUGUUUUACCCGUUUUGUUACUAGGCUGGUAUAAACAGCUGGCAAGGCCCCCCUAUUCAGACAUGGCUGCUCUCAUAGAGCUUGGAGAAAAAAAAACCUUUUUAUUUAAAUGUUUUAAUUUUGAUUUUGGAGUGCCUUUUUUUGGAAAGCUGCUUUUCUGGGGGCUUUCGUCAACGACUCUGUUUUUUUGGAUUUGCCCAAUGUGUGGCGGUUAAGUUGUCUGUGCUGUGAUGGAAGGGGCAUUGAAACUUUUUUUUUUUCUCUUCCUUCUUUUCCCUCCUCCCUUCUUUUCCAUCACUGUGAGCCAACCUGCCCCCCCCCCCCCCCCCCCCCCCCCCCCUUAGCCGAGAGGCGAAGGUAGAAUUAGAUAGGCGAGAAGGAGGCGGGGGCUCUUUCUGUACAAUGGAAUACUUGAAACACUCGACUCGACUCUGUGUCGCUCUCUUUAACGCUGCUCACUCACUCUAUAGCCUGAACAGGUGUUUGGAAACUGGAUCCUGUCUCUUCUGAAUGUCUACAAAAUGUCAACACACACACUCACCUCUCCCCCCUCACCUCCUUCUCUCCUCCGCUCAUGCCUGUUGCAGGGUGUCUCACUCUUUUGGGUUUUUUUUUUGUUGUUUUUUUUUUUUGCCUCCUGCCAUCUCACUGCUUUGACACUACAUGGCCCCCACCCUCUGCCUCCCCCCUCAGGGUUUGGGGUGUGAAAUGCACAAUCAAUGCAAUAUUCAUGGACUCAAAGUUUUUUCUUCUUCUUUUUUUUCCCAGAAAUUAUUGUACAGUGUGUAUUUUUUUUUGUUUUUUGUGUGUACAUUUUUUUUCCUCCCAUUUGCAUUUUAAUUUAUUCGUAAACAUGUAGACAUUCCACACUCUGUGGCUAUUUAUUUAUUUAUUGUCUAUGCUUAAAAUCUCCCCUAAAAAAAAAAAAAAAAAAAAAAAAAUUGCAUAUCCUACUUGGCCUUUGGUUUGCAUUCCUAUAAGUUAUUUUUACAUUUCAA